CCAGUCUUCAUGAAGUCGGGAGCAGUUCAGGAUAGCGCACCACACCCUGAGAACCCUAGCUAUGUCCGUGUCGUCCCUCCGUACGGACGGCCAUGUCCACGAGCCGACCUUGCCCCCAGAGGCACCUGUUAGCCAAGAUACAAUCCAGAAGCUUCAGGAAAUGAUGGAAUCCGUGGAGAGAAGCUAUGCAGGCCAAAUUAAGUCUGCUGCUCGUGACACUACCCGACGUCUCGAAAAGUCGAACAAAAGCCUCGGCGUUCAAGUCAACAAUCAGCGCAAAGAGAUUGAACAGGCCCACGCCCGGAUUCACGCACUGAUGGCUCAGAUCAAAGAUUUAGAGAAUACCUUACAUGCUAAGAAUAAUCAACUUGAAAAGAACGGGGAGGAUCUCUCUUCCAAGGAUACCCAGGUCAAAGAUCUAGAGAACGCCUUGCAUACUCAGAGUGAUCAACUCAAAAACAAUGAGAAAGAUCUCUCUUCCAAGGAUGAUCAAAUCAAAGAUCUAGAGAAUAAACUAUGCAUCAAGGAUGCUCAACUCGAAGAUCUUCAGGACGAUCUAUCCUCCAAAGACGCUCAACUCGAAGAUCGUCAGAAUAAAUUAUCCACCAAAGAUGCUCAAAUCAAAACCAUGAACAACAACCUCACCGCCAUGUAUCUUGAAAUUCGCGAGGUUGAACGGCUCCGAAUCAAGAAUGCCAACAAGGACCAGCGCAUCGAAGUCCUCCAACUCGAGAAUGCCAACAAGGACCAGCGCAUCGGAGAACUCCAUACCGAGAGCAACGAUAGGAACCAGCGCAUCGGAGAACUUGAAACCGAGAAAACCAACCAGAACCAAUGCAUUGAAGAACUUCAUGCCCAGAAUGUCAACAAGAGCAAGCGCAUCGAAAGGAUCGAAGUUGAAAAUACUGCCAUAAAAGCCAACAUUCGUAUCCGCAUCUCUGAAGCUCUCGAAAAUAACACCGCCCUUGAAACACAGUUGGAAAACUGUAGGAAAAAAUUGGAGAACUGCGAGGAAAGCAAGAGAAAGUGGAAAGAAAAGGCACGUUCGAACGCGAGAACAGACGGAUAUCACAGUCGUCGCCAUGGUCAUCGGUACUAAUGUCUGAGCCUGAAGACUUUCUCCGUCUGUUCUUUACUACUUCUCUUUGUAUGAUGGUAGAAUGGAUUGAAUGGAUGAUGUAACUUAGUAUAGGCCCUCUCCGCUCCCUUAUUUUCAAUUAUUUCCUUUUAGCUAAGAAAAU